UUUUUGUGUGAAAUGGAUCUAAACAAAGCAUUAUUUUCGAGCAUUCGAUGGAACUUAAUAACAAUUAAUGGAACAACAAUAAGCAUUGCCGAAUGCGAUGAAUCUUAUACCUGUCAAGUAAACUACGAUCAAACCAACUUUCAGGCGUUACUUCGAGUUAAAGAUUACAACAGUUAUUACCGUUCUGCUGAUAUGUCCAUCACAAUGAAUAUAGAACACCUAACAAAAGUCAUGCAAAAUUUAACAUGUUUGUAUGGCUUUCAUCAACAACCAAAGACUCAAAUUGUUGUAUGCAGUUUUUCAUUUGGAGCGGAAACAAACGAUUCCUCUUUUCUCCUAAAAUUAGUUUUCCCUUUGGUAGUAGUGAUCUCCAUUUUAGCAAUAAUAAUAGCAUUUGCCUAUCGCAAACAUAUCCGACUCCAAAGAACGAGGUCUGGAAGAUCUAAUUCACACACCUUGAAUAACCGUGACUCCAUCUUCACUGUACCAGUACCUUCCCAUCAAACAGAGAAUCAUGUCAUGACUAAUUCAAACACAAUUCAUAUUCCCAGUUCUCAUCCAGUCUCCUCGAAUACCCCAGCUCGACACACAAAGUCUAGUCGAAACAAAUCCGUUCGUCCUGCUCACACUUCGUCAAAUUUGAAUCAGAGAGUUCAGGUUAUUAACAACACUAACACGGCUUCAAUAACAGGUUCGAUUCCGAGCGCCUCGAAUACUACGUAUCAUCACGCACCAUCUCGACUAGACUCAUCCGUUCGUCCAGUUUAUCAAACGUCCAACUGGAAUCAAAGAGAUACACGGACCAGCAUGACCGUGCCUGAUUAUGACCCGCCAUCCUACACAAGUCUGUACCCUUGACGUCAAACAACGUCACAGUACCACGCCCAGCAAGAUCUAACAACAACACAUACAAACGCUGCUCCACAUGUGUGUCCUAACUGUUAAAUCAACUGUACCGACAGAAUAGCUCUAGAACCAUGUAAACACAAAACUGUUGUAGCAGAUAAUUCACACCAGAUUACAUGUUAUGUAAUGAGGUAUUUAUUAUAGAAUUAUAUAAUUGUAAUUAUAGAACACUAUUAAAAAAACUGGACCCACGAUUUUAUUACAAAAGUGUUCUUUAAGCUAUUGUGAAAACAAACACUCAUACACAUACUAUAUGUAUGUCUAUCCGGACCACCACAUUUAUCCAAUGAACUCACCCUUUACCCGAUACAACUGUAAAGCCUCACACUCCGAAUAGUAUUCUCCAAAUAGUCUCACCCUCCGCCCUAUAGAACUGUAUAGUCUACACUCCAAAUAGUAUUCUCCAAAUAGUCUCAUCAGCCAACGAAUCACAGAGACGGUUUUAUCAACUUUGACCAUAACACUAUGUCUCACGUCCCUUACUGUAUCUAUACAACCCAUCAGUACCACACAUUGCACGAUUGGGCUAUUACCUGAUCUUCUCUUUCCCCCAACGUACCUCAUCUCAAUGAUUUAGUCGCAAAUGAGAUAGUAUACAGAACAGUGAGAUUACAAUUACGUUUUAAAUAUAACUGUAGGGUAAUACGCUUAAGGUAAUUGUUCUAUGUUAUCGUAUAA